AUGAAAUGCAAGUCAAACAGCAUGAAUGUGGCCAGAUUGAUAUGGACUGGGAUAGAAAUAGGAUUGUUUUGUGGUAUUUCAUAUGGAUGGUCUUCUUGGAUCUAUGUUUUUAAAGAUAAUGGAAUAUUUGCUGACAUCUGCCUUGACCAUAACGUAGAAUUAAUAGAUAAUGCUACAUAUAAUGGAGCAACCCCGUCAACAGACACAUUCACCAAUGCUACUACAACGUAUUAUGAUGACGUACCAACUGGAGUCAAUGCAAGCAAUUUUGAAAAGAACGCAGCCAUUGAAUGCAGAGGAAGGAACGACAUGUUAAGUUUGGUAUUUACUACAACAUCUGUGCUCACGGGCAUUCUAUCCAUUAUUAACGGCUACAUUUACGAUAGGUUUGGUACGCUGGUAUGUCGUCUCUUGUCUUUGUCGAUGUAUGCCAGUGCUCUGAUAGCAAUUGCCUUCUCAAAGCAAAGUGCUUGGGCAAAUUAUUUACUAUUCCCAGCUUUCUUCUUUCUCCGAUAUGGCGGACUCUUUUUGUUUGUAACGAGUUUACAGACGUCAGCGUUGUUUCCAAGAAGCAGAUCAACCAUACUAGCUGCAUACAAUGGUCUGUAUGAUGCAAGCGCUUCUGUUGCUAUAGUAUUUAAGCUUCAAUACGAGAAUGGGAUUCCCUUGUCUUCUUCCUUGUAUGUGUUCCUGUCUGUCUUCUUGCCAAUCACACUCCUUGGGACAUUCAUAUUUCAACCUUGGAAGCACAUACAUUCGGACAACAAUGGAAGACAUCCAAUGGCAUUUAUCAUCUUCCAACGAUUGAAAGUCGCCAAAUAUAUAGCCACAAAUAUAGAGAACGACGAACGGAUGAGAAGAAAAUAUUCAAUAGCCGUACGACAUGUUUCUAUGGAUAUUACGCCUAGUAAGCAGAGUCGGGGUGAACUCCAAGGGUACACGAACGAAGUAUUUGAAUCGCCAAAUAAAACAAAUCUGAGUGGUCAUGGCAACAUUCAAACUGAUUCAAAAACGGAUGAAAUUAAAACGAUCAGUGGGUGUCGACCAAAAGACUUUGCGCACAAAGAUUCAACAGCCAGUAGUCAAGAAACGACCAAGGACUGUAGCAGUUUACAAAAUAAAGAUACACUCAAAAAUAAUACAUCUGAUAUUGAAACAGAUAGGCUUACUAAAAUUCUGUUUUCACCAUUAUUUCUGUGGAAUAUAUGGACAUUUUCUUUCCUGAAUUUGAGGAAUCAAUACUUUUUCGUCUCGUUCAACUCGUGGAUUACCGACCUGAGUGCAGGUGACAGAAAACUAGUCACCUUGCACACGUCCGUGUUCACUGGAAUGUUGGCUUUCGGCUUCCUUGUCAGCCCCCUGGCAGGUAUAUUCAUCGAUACAUGGAGGAAAAGAGAAGAUCGGGGCAGUCCACACACAAAACACCUACGACCCUACAUUUAUAUAUUCACAACGGAGUUUGCCUUGAACGCUGUCUUCAACGUAAGUUCGAUGAUACCAAGUCUGAACGCGCAGUACUUUACAUAUAUUGCGUUUGUAACAUCUAGGGGAUUCCUUUAUGCUGUCAAUGCUGCGUUCAUCUCAGAAGCAUUUCCACAGAAGCAUUUCGGCAAGUUGUUGAGUGCGACGUUUGCAUCAGGCACCUUUGCUAGCGCAUUGCAACAACCUAUAUUUAUUGGUGCCGAAUCGUUUGACAAUGGCUUCCUAAUAAUGAAUGGAGUCCUCUUGGCGUUGAAUUUGACGUUGUUUGGAUUCCCAAUCUACAUUACCAGGCAGUUGAAGACUCAAAAGGAUCCACCUAAUAAUGUGUCUAGCAAUAGUUAGAAAGAAAAUCACCGACAACUGUAGAAACGCUUGAAGAACGAAAAGAAGCAAGCCUCUAAUAUAAAAACAUAGAAACAACUACAUUGAACGAACUUUAAAAUAUGUCCCUACUAUACUACUGUUACUGAAAAACACAUUUUAAUAUGAGGGAUCGCAUAGUAAAUAAAAAUGAUUUAACACCUGAAUGAUUGAACAGCGCACGCGUGACAUCACAUUUAAAAAUGCUUUUAAAGUUUGUAUAAAAUAUAUAUACAGUGUACAUGCAUGAUUCAUAGAUUGAAUGGUUUAAGUGA